GAUGCAGCGCUGAGGGAGAGGGGGCGGUGCCGGGAUUUGCUCGCAGGAGAACCCUUGGCCGAUGGAGUGGUAAACACUUUAAAGAAACAGUAUUUUGCUGGCAAAGAAUGCAAACAUAGGCGGCCAUUGAAAUAUUAUGACACCGGGUGGAUCGGGGGAUAUUGUGACGUAUUCUGGCACACCAUUAGCGAUGCUGGCGGCCCAAUGUAACAAAAUCACCAACAAGAGUCCUCCACCUUUGGCCGAGGCCGCUGUUGGUAAAGGCUUCCAUCCAUGGAAGAAAAUAUCGUCCAGUGUGGUGCAGGCGCCGUCGCCGAUAUCUUUCGCUGCUCAGAAAAUGAACAGUUCUCAUUUUGGAACCGGGUCACCCAUAGGAUUGUCACGGGCUACCACCUUGCCGGGAACUUCCGGAACUUGUGGAAAUGACAUUUUUUACCAAUCCGCGACAUCGCAGCCGCAGUCUGAUCCUGGCCAGACAGCGCUGCUGCAGAAAAUACACAACGAGUCGACCCUUACCCCUCAAUCUUUAGGAGGCAUGUACCCCCGGGUCCCAACAAUGCCCAACCACCCCUACGAGUCCUGGCCGUUCAGUGUUUCUGGUUCCGGUUCACACAGUAUAAAGUCAGAAAUGGCGCCGUCAGUCAGCACCGCCUCCUCUUGGUGGGACAUCCACUCCUCUCCCUCAAACUGGAUCACGGACAUCGCGACCAAUUCCGGGGGACUCCAUUCCCAGUUACCUCACAGUUACCCUCCCUCUGAAUACACGCUGGGGCAUACCUCUUCUUUAUUAUCAACAGGACAAUCCAUUCUACAGGAUUCAUACAAAUCUAUGAUUCCGGGCCAAAAUGAUCUCACUUCUGCUAGCGUUUCACCGUUCUUGCCUCGACCAUCUUUGCCAGGAAUUUCUAGUCCCCGAUCUCAGCGCCGAUACACGGGAAGGGCCACGUGUGAGUGUCCCAACUGCCACGAGGCGGAGCGCUUGGGACCCGCUGCCGCGCAUCUCCGGAAGAAAAAUAUUCAUAGUUGUCAUAUUCCGGGAUGUGGAAAAGUUUACGGCAAAACUUCUCAUCUGAAAGCUCAUCUACGCUGGCAUACGGGGGAACGACCAUUUGUUUGUAAUUGGCUGUUUUGCGGGAAAAGAUUUACGCGGUCAGACGAAUUGCAACGUCACUUACGAACUCACACGGGAGAGAAAAGGUUUGCUUGCCCGGUUUGUAACAAGAGAUUCAUGAGAAGUGAUCAUCUUGCCAAACACGUCAAGACUCACAGUGAGGGCAAGAAAUCGGGGAGCGGAUCAGACUCAGAUACAGGGGUGGACCAAAAACCAACCAUUGAUAUCAAACCGACGGACGCUGAGCUAGCUGUGAAAGAGACCGGAAGUCUGAAUGACUGUAGACAGGAGUCCAGAAAUCUCAACCAUUGAAGUUUAACCAAUGUCAAAAAAAAUCUGUCUUAUCUAUUCACACACAUUUUCUUUAAAUUUGUUCAUGAUUAUAAGGUGUGGCACUAAUUGUUAUAUCAUCAAAUGUAAGCCUUUAAAGGGCUUAUAUUAAAUAUUGAAGAGAGAGAAUAAACGACAAACAGUCGAUAAUGGGGGGUCAGAGCCCGACUUAACAGAAAAAGAACUCAAACAGUCAGCGAUCGAUCAGUUAAAAAGAAGAAGAAAACACGUUCUUUCUCUCAGCGAAAUCUUGUAAGAUUUUUUGUGUAUGACUUCAAUGGAUCACAGAAGAGAAAAGAAUCUACAUAAUUAUAUGUUUGAUUGUAAAAUCUCUGAGAAAACAGAAGAUGUGAGAAAUUUUCCGAAAGAAAAAAAAUCCAAAGAAAAGUUGUUUGUUUAAAGAUUUUUUGUGUUUUAUUUUAUACCUGCCAAGAAAAUGCUCGAAUGGUAUUUCUUUGUUCUUGUAUUGUUGUGCAUUGUUUGAUAUAAAAUGUUGUGAAUAAAAGGAAAGAGAGUAUAGAACGACUCACUACU